AUGUAUCAAAUUGGAACGACUAUGCUGAUCUCAUUCCAUAUUGCAAUAUUUCUUUUAAUGAUAACAAAUAUUUCAACUGAAACUAUUACAAAUGGAGAAAUGUCAAUUGAUCAGCAUAUCGACACACAUGGAAAUAUUUCAUUUUUAAGUCGAUUUAAACGACAAUACGCGCAAAAUUGUCCAACGGGAUGUUUCCCAAGUUGUUACGCAAGCUCCCAAUGUCAGCAAGUUGCACCUCGGAUGGUUUGCAUCCGUGCAUGCUGCUGUCCAUCCACCGUCCCAAAUAAUAUUCAACCCAUUAUCGGUCCUGGCAGCAUUAAUAUUAUCCCAAUUCCGAUACCAAUUACACCAUCAAAUCCAGCAAACAUUUUCAGUCUUUUAACAGCAUGCGAUGGUGGGCCAGCGGUAGCCGCUUGUAUUAAUGGACUUUGUGGCCAAGGGUUUUUCUGCAACAAUCGGGGUUUCUGUUGUCGAUGCGCUACUGGCAAUUCUACCGGUUUAAAUAAUUUCUAA